AUGGCCUUACUAAAUUUUUAUUCACUAUCAAUUUUUUUAAUUCUUGGGCUUGUAAAUCAAGUAAUCAGCGAUAGUCCAGGAGCAAGGGAAUGUCAUUGUCUCUUUACAUAUGAUAAUGCAGUCUACUUGUUUGGAGGUGAUAUAAAAUGGAAUAAUAGUGCAGUAAAUUCGUUUUUUCAUAAAGCAAAAAUGCCAUUUACUACCUCUUCAAUUCCAUGGGAAGCUCUUAAUACUACUAAUGCUUUUAAUAUUUGCGAUAUGACAUGUAUCGUCGAACCUUCUUUAAGUUUGCUAAUUUUUCAACCACGAUCUAUUUUAAUUGAACCGAUGGUUAUACUCAUCUGGGGUGGUUUGCCUUAUGAUUCUCCAUUUCGUGUUAUUUAUAGAUUGAACAUGACAGUGAAUCCAUGGAAAUGGGAAUCGAUCGAACAAAAUGCAACGCUAUUGUCGUCAAAGAUUCUGAAUUGUGUUGGAAUUGCUCGUUCAAGAGAUGGCGUGUUUGUUUUCGGUGGCAUAGAUAGAGAUACUCCGAUUAUUGAAAAUGGAGAAAAUAGAGAAGGAGCCCCACUUCCCUUUAAUUUUACUCAUUCAGUAGUAGGGGUCAUCGGCGAUUUUAUGCACAUUAUUGUGUUAAGUUAUAAUGAUUAUCUUGAGGAUAACCAGAUAUCUAUUAUUCCCCUUAAUUUUGCUCGAUUUAAAUUUGAAAGUCCCGUUGUGACAUCUACUAAUUUGACAGAAACCCGAUUUCGUGCGGCCGGAGUCCAACCUUCUGGAUCAGACGUAGUAUUGAUAUACGGUGGUAUUAUUUAUCAAAAUUCAAGUGCACCUGAAACCGGUACUACAUUAGACACGAUGUUAGUAUAUAAUAUGACACUUCGUUCGUGGACAGACACUGUGAAUCUUGUGACAGAUGUUUCAGUCUACAAUUUCGACUCUUCUAAUACAGUCAAUACUUCAAACUUUCCAAAAUUUAAAGGAACUUCAAUCACUCAAGUUUAUGGCAGUAUAGGUUUAAUGAGUGAGAGUUUGUCAAUGUUAGUACAGGCUGGAUGGAACCUUUUGUAUCAAUCAAAGCUUAUAAUUUAA